AUGAAGAAGCCACAUUUCGACCAUGUUGACGCUGACGAUCUGAUCAUUUGGAAGGUCAAGGUCAAUUUGAACGACCUACACUUACUCGACGCGAUCGGAAACCAAGGCGUGAAGUUGAAGCCAUUAACCGAACUGUCCGAAGUGUUCACGGGUGGAGUAGAGCACGGAUGUAUUCAUGUCGUCGAUGUCCUUAAUACCAACUCAACCGGUCACAUUCAGGAAUUCUCGUAUGAUGAGACUCCAACAAUCGGGGAUCGACUUAUCUUCUUCGGGGAAACCGUUGGCAAUGCGACUGGGAGCAAGAUAUGUAUCAAGUUCGUCAGGCACUAUUACCCUGAGGCCCACGAAUUCUGUGCCAGGAUGGGGCACGCUCCCAAACUUAUCGCCUACAAUCAUUUACCCGGCGGCUGGAAUAUGCCGCUGGAGGAGGUCAUCACCUCUCUCAUCCGGGAGUUACACGAUUACAAUGACGGCUACGUUCAUGGCGACCUUCGGGAUACCAAUUUCGUUGUGGGAGACAACAAACACUUCAUGUUGCUCGAUUUCGACUGGGCUGGACCGAUCCAUAAGACCCAUUAUUUUAUGCAUGUUAAUCGGAAGGAUAUUCGACGUCCUGAUGGUGUGUCGGAUGGGGAGAAGAUUGUGGCCGAGCAUGACUUGGAUAUACUGAAUUAUCUAUUUCAUCCUGAGCAAGAUGGUCAGGACCGUCGGGAGCCAGCUGCAAAGCGCCGCCGUACAUCUGGUGAAGGGUCACCAAUGGCCAUUUGAAUCAUUCAUAAUUCGUUGUAUCAGCAAAAGUCCAACAUAGAUUAGUAUCUGUUGUAUUUGUAGUUAGCCAAAUCGAUUAUUGCCGAUGCGCGUGCCAUCGGUGUAUCUGAGAUU